AUGGUAAUACCUAAUAUUUAUGUUAUGGAAUCUAGUAAUAGUAAUUCAACACUUUGUUCACAAAUUAAUCAACCGACAAAUGAACAAAUUGAAUUAAACUAUCGUUAUCAUAAUGAUCAUGUUGAUAUUAACCAUGAAAUUACUAAUAAUAACAUUUAUAACCAUUUAGGAUUGACAUUACCUAAUCCAUUGAUUAAUCAAUCAUUACAAUAUCAAACAACAUCUAUUGGGAACUUAACAAAUAAUUCAAUUCAAUCAUUUAUCAAUGAAAGUAAUCAUGGUAGAAAUGUAGGAAUAACAAAUGAUCUAAUAAGAUUGUCAAAUGCAACAACAGGAGAUUUAUAUUGUUCCGAUAUAUCAUGUGAAAAUGUUACAUUGACAUCAAGUUAUGUUCCAUUGAAUAAUGAAACAAUCAAUUCGAAAUUAUGUUCAACAAACAUACAACAUCCAAGUCAGAGUUAUGCUUAUUCAUAUAAAACUAAUAAUCAUAAUAGUAAUAACUCAAUAAUGGGUCUAUCAAAUCAUAGAUGGUUUACAAGUUUAAAUAAUGAAGAGAAUGAUAGAUCAUUCAAAGAAGAUGUAAAAGAACCAAUAUGUAUUUAUACUGAAGCAACAAGUGCUAUUACAACAAUGACAACUAAUACAAAUGAAACAUCAUUCAUUCCAUUAUUUGAUUCAAUUGUAUGGAAUCCAACAAAUUGGAAACAAUUUGCAACAAUAGCACAACAUUCAUAUCAUGAUACAAUGAAUGAUCCAUUUCUAUAUAAUCAAAUGACUGGAAUUCAUAAUAAUUUAAUGAAUAAAACUAAUCUCAUUAACGUUUAUCCUAUUGAUCAAAUGACAAAUGAUCUAUCUACUUCUUUGACAAAAUCUAAUUUAUCUACAUUGACUUCAUCAAGUUUUACUGAAUCAACUGUGUUGAAUACUCAAUUAUCAAGUUAUUUAACAAAAAAUUCUAAAACUUUCAAUCAGUGUCAUAGUAGUAGUUGCUGUAAUAGUAGUAGUAGUAGUAGUAAUAAUAAUAAUAAUAGUGGAAGUAGAUUACCAUUACUACCAUCAUUAUUAACUGACGGUUCAAGUUCUUCAACUGCCAUGACAACAAUCAAUUCGGAACCAACAUUUAAAUAUCAUUCAAAUGAUUAUGAUCAAAAUACUUCAUCUGAUAUUACAUUAGCACAAUUCUAUAAUAAUUAUAAUGUAAAUAAUACAUUUCGAAAAUUCUAUCCUGAACAAAAGAUAUAUAGUACUAAUAGUAGUAAUCAUAGUGUUGAUGGUUCCAACUCUAUAGUCUUUAAUAUGAAUCACAAUCAUAAUCAAAUGGGUUUUACAAAAACUAACUUUCAUCAACAAUUCAAUGUAUCCAAGACAAUCAAUUCAACUUUUAAUCAUUCACAAGAAGAAUCUAAUAUUCAUAGAGAAAUUGACAAACAUGGAGAUCAUUGUCAAUACAAAACCUAUCCAGAUGAAUUCCCAUCUUCUUCACCAUCUUCUGAUAAUGGAUCAAUAAUGAAUCGUGAUCUUUCAAAAUCUUCAACAUUAUUUACAUUGAAUCAACCAUCUAAUAAUAAUCAUAGUAAUAAUCAUACUCAAUCAUAUUAUAAUACAACAAUAAUAAAUCCAACUGAAUCAAGUCUAUAUCAUGAUGAAUCAAUUUUAAAUCAUUGUCAUGAUGAUAGUUUCAAUAAUAAACUCAACAGCUUACAUAAUAAUGAUAGUAAUGACAAUACUACUACUAUUAAUACUACUAUUAAUACUACUAAUAAUCGUCCAACAAUUAAUUCUAUUAUAACAAGUCCAAUAUUAUCAAAUUUUUCUAAUUCAUCAUCAUCAUGUUUAAGUCUGACAAAUUUACAUGAAAAACGUAAACAACGUAGAAUUCGUACAACAUUUACUAGUUUACAAUUGAAAGAACUUGAAAAAGCAUUUCAAGAGACACAUUAUCCUGAUAUUUAUACUAGAGAAGAUUUAGCAUUAAGAAUUGAUCUUACUGAAGCUAGAGUUCAGGUUUGGUUUCAAAAUCGACGUGCAAAAUUUCGUAAAACUGAACGUGUUAUUCAACCAGAUACUACAACAAUCACAUCAUCAUCAUCAUCAUCACCAUCAACAACAACAACAUCAAUAAACAUAAACAAUAUUGAACAUAAUCAUCCAUCCUUAUCAUCAACUAUUCAAUUAACAUCAACUGAUCAUUCAAUGUAUAAUACAAAAUUACAUUCAAACACUUCAUUAGAUCAUCAUGAAAAACUUCACAAAGUAAUUGAUCCUUAUAAUUCAAUUAAUAAACAUGAAACAAUCAAUACUGAUGAUGUAAUGAUGAAUAAAAAUAAAGAAAUGGAUUAUCUACAUCCAUCAUCCACAUCCCCAUUAUCAUACAAUUCACAAGAUGAAUUGAAUUAUACUAAAGAAAUGUAUGGAACAUUUAAAAAAUCGGAACAAAUUCAAUUCACAAAUGAAUUUUAUCCAUCAUCAUUGAAAGAUUCUCUAUUUUCAGUAAUACAAAAAUCCAAUUCAAUAAUACCAAAUCAAUCAUAUAGAGAUUGGUCAACUACUUAUCCAUUGAAAGAUAAUGAUUCUAUAAAUAGUAAUAUCAUUGAUACUACUACUACUACUACUACUAAUAAUAAUAAUAAUAAUAGUAAUAUACAUCCUUUAUAUAAACUUACACAAACAUGUAGACAAGUAGAUAGAUUAUUAGUUGGUGGAACAUAUGAUACAACAUCAAGUACAUUACAUAAGAAAAUUUCAGAUAAACAACAAAAGUUUAUGAAUAAAAAAAAAUAA